AUGUGCGUGCUCCACAAAGCCAUGGGAGGAGGUGCAGAAUGGGAGUUAUGCCUGAUGGCCCGCCGCGUCUUUACGUUCUUGCCCAUCGCAGCGCUCGGCUUGUGGGUGGUGCUCAGCAUGCAACUGGCCGCCCGAAGCCCGGAGGGGCUCGGGUCCUUGUGGUCCGCUGCUGCCGAUGCCGAACUGCUUCAGGCCGUGGAGGCCCGGGCAAAAGUCUUGCGCCGGCAGAUGCACCGAGGCAGGUUGAAGCCGACGGCGAAAGACCGCUUGACCCUCCACAUGGAGUUCCUGCUGUUCAUGGCGGACUACAUCACCGACUGGAACAACCUCGCACAGCUGGUCCUGGGGGAGGAGUACUGGUUGGCAGCUGCGCAAGCAUGCAUCAUCGUCGUGCCGGUCCUGCUGGACUGCUAUCGCGGCAAGAUCCAACUCGUGGAGGCCUUCGCCGGCUUUGCCAAAUCACGCAAAAAAGGAUUCCCCAGCAACGGCUUCCUCAAAGCAUUGUGCUCCGAGAAGUCCACGGAGGCGCCCUUGUCACUCAUGCUGCAGUACUAUUCUUUCUUGCGGGUCACGCGGCGGUGGGGAUUUUGGAGCGCCGUCCUUUCGAUGGCGCUUAGCUUACUGAGCAUCACGAAGUUUGCCUACGCCACCUUCGAGUUGUGCGCCACAGAUGCAGCGGCGGAGCGCAUUUCGAAUGACGGGGACGAGGACGCCAGGUCAAACCCAGAUACGGAGCCGCCGCAGCCCCUGCAGAUGAACAUGCAAGUGGCGCCGCCGGCCAAAUUCCCGGUGCUUCCACCCGGCAUGCUCCUGCCGACCGAUCCGGUGCCGAUGCAGUGCGGAAAGGGCCAGCUCCCCUUCGAUGCGGUGGCGCCGCCUCACAGCUGCCCUCUCCCGAUCAAGGUGGACCACGACAAAAUCGCGGACACCGAGUGA